AUGGCACGCCAACGCGCUUCAAAAGCAAUCAAAACUGUAAACCGUGAGAUGUAUCUCAGACGGAGACGUGCUUACUAUGAGGCCAACUGCAAACGCGAGCGACGGAAAUCGCAAGAGCGUUAUCAACGUCGCAAGAGUCUGCCUGACAACGAGCUUGCUUUGAGCAGACAGAAGCAUCGUGAGGCCCAGGCUAGAUAUCGUGAACGAAACCGUUUCACGUUGAAGGUUAAGGCCAAAAUUUACUACAGGAAAAAACAAAACCCUCCAAAGGAAGAAGAGGAGGACCCGGAUGAGGAGGAAGAAUGGAUACGCCUGAGCGCGCUGGCUCAUGGCAUUACUGAGGAGGAAUGGAUCAGUUUGCAUGGACGCAACUCUUACCGAGGUGGUUCGCCUGUUCACUGA